AUGGCGCCGAACGAGAAGGCCGAGAAGACGUUCCCCAACCACAAGGGCCACCCGGAGCACGAGAUCGAGCUCAAGAGCUCGUGGAUGCUCAUCUCCAAGACGCACCUGUACCUGGGCGCCGUGCUCGUGUUCCUCGUCGGCAUGCUCUCGGGCGGCGGCUAUUACUACCGCACGUCGCUCAACUUCGCCGAGAGCCUGGGCGCCACCACCGUGGCGCAGCCCUCGAACGGCCACCCCACCGUGCUGGUCACGGGCGGCCUGGGCUUCAUCGGCAGCCACGUCGUGGAGGACCUCAUCGCCAACAACUUUAACGUUGUUGUGUACGACGACAUGAGCAACGGCAAGAACUUCAACAAGGACGUCUCGGCCGUGCUGGUCAAGGACAUCACGGUCGUCAAUGACUUCUCCUACAUCGUCCACAAGAUCGACUACGUGGUGCACCUCGCCGCUGCCAUCUCCGUGGAGGAAAGCACGCGCCUCCCCGAGAAGUACGAGCGGAUCAACGUUGAGGGCUCCCGUAAGGUGCUCGACUGGGCCGUCAAGAACGGCGUCAAGCGCGUUGUCGCCGCCUCGUCGGGCGCCACUUACGGCAUCCCCAAGGUGGAGGACCUGCCGCUGCGCGAGGAGUCCGCGACUGGCGGAAUCUGCGCGUACGCCACCACCAAGUUCGACAUGGAGCACCUCAUGGCUCAGUUCCACGAGCAGUUCGGCCUCAAGUCGACGGCUCUGCGCUUCUUCAACGUGUACGGCCCCCGCCAGGACCCCCACUCGUCCUACAGCGGCGUCGUCUCGUGGUUCAUGGAGCAGGCCAAGAUCAACGGCACGCUGAAGGUGACCGGCGACGGCGAGCAGUACCGUGACUUUGUGUACGUCAAGGACGUCGCGCGUGCCAUCCGCACGGCCAUGCUUCUGAAGGACGACGACUUCGACGUGUUCAACGUGUGCACCGGUGUCAAGACGACGAUCAACGACGUUGCCGUUGCCGUCAAGGCCAAGUUCGGCUCGUCGGCCGACAUCACGCACAUUGCGUACCGCCAGGGCGACGUGAAGGAGUCGGUGUGCUCGCCUGUGAAGGCUGCCACCAAGCUUGGCUUCACGGCCUCGUACGACUUCCCCACGGGCAUCGGCGAGACGCGCGACUGGUUCUUGACUCUGUAA